AUGGCCUAUGACCGCUACGUUGCCAUCUGCAAGCCCCUGCACUACGGGAGCCUCCUGGGCAGCAGAGCUUGUGCCCAGAUGGCAGCAGCUGCCUGGGGCAGUGGCUUUCUCCAUGCUGUGCUGCACACUGCCAAUAUAUUUUCACUACCUCUGUGCCAUGGUAAUGCCUUGGACCAGUUCUUCUGUGAGAUCCCCCAGAUUCUCAAGCUCUCCUGCUCAGACUCCUACCUAAGAGAAGAAGGGAUGGUUGUGGUUAGUGCUUUUCUAUUUGGGGGCUGUUUUGUUUUCAUUGCUCUGUCCUACGUGCAGAUCUUCAGAGCUGUGCUGAGGAUCCCCUCCCAGGAGGGACGUCACAAAGCCUUUUCCACUUGUCUCCCUCACCUGGCUGUGGUCUCCCUCUUUAUCAGCACAGUCAUGUUUGCACACCUUAAGCCCCCCUCCAUUUCUUCGCCAGCCCUGGACCUGGUGGUGGCAGUUCUGUACUCGGUGGUUCCUCCAGCAGUGAACCCCCUCAUCUAUAGCAUGAGGAACCAGGAGCUCAAGGAAGCUUUGUGGAAAUUGACGACUAGAUGUGUUUCAGGAGAAUAAGUGGUCAGUCUGCUUCUGCAGAUGAGUCAUAAUGUCACUUAUUAUAGGAACAGCCUGUAUUCUGUUUCUUUGAAUUUGUGUGUUUGUGUGCAAUUUUAUUACUGGAUUUCCUUACUUUUAGUUUGAUUAAUGUUACCCACUAAAAUUAUAUUGUUCAUCCCAAUUCCACUUCAGUAUGGAUGUUUCAAGUCUAGCUCAGCAAGUAUACACAACGAGCCCCUCUGUCUGUGAACUUAAAAGAAAGGAUCCUGCACUGCCUUCUUUGUCUGAUGUCCUUCCUCAGAGACCUGGUCUGGCUCUGCAGGGGCGGUGCCCUUGUGCAGGGGUACAGGGGUACAGAGUCCCAUCCCAGCAGCACAGCCAGGGAGCACCAGCUCUUGGUGCAUGCAGAGCUGCUCUCUUGCCACUGCCACCCUCUC